GCUUGACAUUUUGAAGUGGCUCCUCUCCGGGGUGUUUGAACAGGAAGGCGGACAUGUUGGCCAGUCUGUGGGACAAAUUCGGGGCAUCGUCUGCUGUUUUUUCUCCAUCGGCGACUAAAAACAAAUUAAAAUCCAGCGCGUGUGUGAGCUGGAUCGGAGAUUUCGCACCGAUAGGAGCGGGGCACGUUUGACAGUCGGUGACAGCGGCGGGAGAAGGAUUUUUACUGUUCAAAGACUUGAUCGAAAUUUGGAAAGAAGAAGUUUUUUCCCCCCCACUUCUUCUUUUGAGCUGUCACGUCAAAUUUGUGUCGCCCUAUCUUAAUCGGACCUGGCACGGAUAUGGGAACGGGCCCGGAAUAACUCCACCGAUGUUUUAAUUGCCUUUUUUUGUUGCUGUUCGGAUGCAGCGACGUUUGAAUCCGUUCUCCGCUGCGGGCAUCCUGCGGAGGCUGACUAAUCUUCGACCGUCGCGCUGCCCCUCAAAGUUGUUUGCCAGCCGCAUUUGAAAGGGGGGAUAUACGAUACUGUAUGAAAAAUGUGGCUUUUGUCCAUCCACCGGAACAGUAAACGUUUUAUCGCGUGCGGAAGCUCGAGGAGAACGAUGUAUUGUCUCUAAAAGUUCCCACGAAGAAGAAAAAAACAACAACAAACGAACAUUAGGCUAGCUGGCUAGCGGCUAAUGCUAGCUAGCCACUCCGUUGCCUGCUUUUUGUGUUCCCGAAAAACAAGGAGGGACUUUAUUUAACGUUGACAAUGUCUUCCGGAGAAAGUAUGGAGGCUCGGUUUGGAAAAAUCGACGCCAUGUUGAAGGACCCCAAGUCGGAGAUAAACACGGACUGUCUUCUGGACGGCCUGGACGCCCUGGUGUACGACCUGGACUUUCCUGCCCUAAGGAAAAACAAGAGCAUUGACAAUUUCUUGAAUAGAUAUAAAGAUACCAUUAGUAAAAUCCGUGACUUGCGGAUGAAAGCAGAAGACUAUGAAGUUGUCAAAGUUAUUGGCAGAGGUGCAUUUGGAGAGGUUCAGCUGGUGAGGCACAAAGCCACUUCCAAAGUGUACGCUAUGAAACUUCUGAGCAAGUUUGAGAUGAUCAAACGAUCGGACUCGGCUUUCUUUUGGGAGGAGAGAGACAUCAUGGCUUUUGCCAACAGCUCCUGGGUGGUGCAGCUUUUCUUUGCAUUCCAAGACGACCGCUACCUCUAUAUGGUAAUGGAAUACAUGCCCGGUGGCGACUUGGUCAAUUUGAUGAGCAAUUAUGACGUCCCGGAAAAGUGGGCUCGCUUUUACACAGCUGAAGUUGUUCUGGCACUUGAUGGAAUCCAUGCCAUGGGCUUCAUUCACAGGGAUGUGAAACCUGACAACAUGUUGCUUGACAAAGCAGGUCACUUAAAACUGGCAGAUUUUGGCACCUGCAUGAAAAUGAACAAGGAUGGUAUGGUACGAUGUGACACAGCGGUGGGAACGCCAGACUACAUUUCACCAGAGGUACUGAAAUCCCAAGGAGGAGACGGUUAUUAUGGCAGGGAGUGCGACUGGUGGUCGGUGGGAGUUUUCCUAUUCGAAAUGCUAGUUGGCGACACGCCAUUUUACGCUGACUCUUUGGUCGGCACCUACAGCAAAAUCAUGAACCACAAGAACGCACUGACCUUUCCCGAUGACAGCGACAUCUCCAAUGAUGCCAAGAACCUCAUCUGUGCCUUUCUGACAGACAGGGAGGUCCGCCUGGGCAGGAAUGGUGUGGAUGAGAUCAAGAGGCACCCUUUCUUUAAGAAUGAUCAGUGGACGUGGGAGAACAUCAGAGAGACGGCUGCCCCGGUGGUGCCCGAGCUGAGCAGUGAUGUUGACACUAGUAACUUUGAUGAUAUUGAAGAGGACCGUGGCGAAGAAGAGACAUUUCCAAUACCAAAGGCCUUUGUCGGCAACCAACUGCCCUUCGUGGGCUUCACCUACUACAGUAAUCAACAUCCUUUGCGCAGCUCCACCUCCGCCUCAAAGACAAGUGACAAACGUAGCAGCUCCACAAAGGAGGACAAAAGUCAUUUGGAAAAUCUGCAGAAAAGAGUCUACCAAUUGGAGGAGCAGCUCCACAGUGAGAUGCAGCUAAAGGAUGAGUUGGAACAGAAAUGCAGGACUUCAAACACCAAGAUUGAAAAGAUCAUGAAAGAACUGGAUGAGGAGGCUAACUUGAGAAAAAGUGUGGAGGCUAGCAUGUCUCUGCUAGAGAAGGACAAGAUCAUGCUUCAGCACCGAUUUACAGAGUACCAAAGAAAAGCUGACCAGGAGGCCGAGAAACGACGGAAUUUGGAGAACGAAGUAUCGACUCUGAAGGAGCAACUUGAAGACAUGAGGAAGAUCAGCCAGAACUCGCAGGCCUCGAAUGACAAGAUUGCGCAGCUCCAGAAUCAGUUGGAGGAGGCUAAUGACUUACUGCGUGCCGAGUCGGACACGGCGGCGAGACUACGGAAAAACCAUACAGAGGUGGCCAAAUCCAUGAGCCAACUGGAGAGCUUGAACCGAGAACUGCAGGAGCGAAGCCGCGCUGCUGAUGGAGAGAAGGCCCAGCUGGAAAAGGAGCUCCUGCUACUCCAGAGCACUUUGGACUCGGAGAGGAGGAACUACAGCCAAGACUCUGAGGAAAUUCGUGAGCUGCAAGCGAGGAUGUUGGGGCUGCAGGAGGACAACAAAAACUUGAAGCUCACUGUCUCUAAAGUAGAGACUGAACGCAAACAGGCCCAGGAGAGAAGCAAUAACUUGGAGAAGGAUAAGAACAACCUAGAGAUUGACCUGAACUACAAACUGAAGACCCUGCAGCAGCGACUGGAGCAGGAGCAGACUGAGCACCGGGUGACACGAGCACAGUUGACUGACAAAUACGAGUCCAUCGAGGAGGCCAAAUCGGCUGCCAUGAAUGCUGUUCAGGUGAAGAUGUCUGAGGAGAACGGAGCGAGGAUGCGAGCCGAGAGCCGAGUAGUGGAGGUGGAGAAGCAGUGCUCCAUGCUGGAGUUUGACCUCAAGCAGUCGGUGCAGAAGAUGGAGCAGCUGAUGAAGCAGAAGGAAAGGCUGGAGGACGACGUGAAGAAUCUUAGGAUACAGACGGAGCAGGAAUCCAGCAAACGUGUACAGGCACAGAACGAGCUUAAGAGCCGUUUGCAGGAGGUGGACCGUCUUCGGUGUUCGGAGAAGCAACUCAAGCAAGAGAUCAAUGCGGCGCUGGAGAGUAAACGCUCUCUUGAGUUUCAACUUGCGCAGCUGACAAAGCAAUACAGAGGCAAUGAAGGACAGAUGAGGGAACUUCAGGACCAACUUGAGGCUGAACAGUAUUUUUCAACGCUUUAUAAAACUCAGGUGAAAGAGCUCAAAGAGGAAAUAGAGGAAAGGAAUCGGCAGGUACAAGACGCUCAUAAAAAGAUGCAAGAGCUGUGCAGUGAAAGGGAGUCCCUGUCUGCCCAGCUGGAUCUGACAGUGACAAAGGCAGAGUCGGAGCAGCUGGCUAGGGCUCUGCAGGAGGAGCAGUACUUUGAGCUCAGCCAAGAAAACAAGAAGACAGUCACUAGGCAUAAGCAGGAGCUUGUGGAUAAGGAAGCCACUAUUGCACGACUUGAGGAGUCCUGUAAAACUCUGACCAAAGAUGUGGAGAGUCUCGCCAAAGACAAGGCAGAGUUGAGUGAGAGACUUAGUACUCAAGAGGAAGAGUAUGCUGCUCAGAAGGAGGAGAUUACAAAUUCAAUCAAGGCCAACUAUGAGAAGGUCCUCAACACAGAGCGCACACUAAAGACUCAGGCAGUGAACAAGCUGGCGGAGAUCAUGAACCGAAAGGACAUGAAGAUUGACCAGAAGAAGAAGGGCAGCACGGCAGACCUGCGCAAGAAGGAGAAGGAGAACCGUAAACUGCAGCUUGAGCUCAAUCAGGAGAAGGAGAAGUUCAACCACAUGGCCAUCAAGUAUCAGAAGGAGCUAAGUGAAAUGCAGGCUCAACUGGCGGAGGAGUGCACUUACCGCAACGAGCUCCAAAUGCAGUUGGACAGCAAGGAGAGCGACAUCGAGCAACUGCGCGAGAAGCUUAAUGACCUGCAGCAGCGCAUGGACAACUCCAGCAUCACCAGCUUGUUGACUGACGAGACAGACAGCAACAUCGCAGAAUCCAGACUGGAAGGCUGGCUGUCCAUUCCCAACCGCACCAAUAUCAAGCGAUACGGAUGGAAGAAGCAGUAUGUUGUGGUGAGCAGUAAGAAGAUUUUGUUCUACAACGAUGAGCAAGAUAAGGAGCAGUCUAACCCUUCUAUGGUACUAGAUAUCGACAAACUGUUUCAUGUGAGACCAGUAACUCAAGGAGACGUGUACCGAGCGGAGACUGAGGAGAUUCCAAGAAUAUUCCAGAUCCUGUAUGCCAACGAGGGCGAGUGCAGGAAAGAGGCUGACAUGGAGACAGUCCCUCAGGGCGACAAAAACUGCCUGCCGCACAAAGGCCACGAGUUCAUUCCCACUCUGUACCACUUCCCCUCCAACUGCGAGGCAUGCUCCAAACCACUGUGGCACGUCUUCAAGCCACCGCCUGCGCUCGAGUGCCGCCGUUGCCAUGUCAAGUGCCACAAAGACCAUCUGGACAAGAAGGAGGACGUCAUUGCUCCUUGCAAAGUAAACUACGACGUGACCUCGGCCCGAGACAUGCUUUUGCUGGCUCUGACUCAAGAUGAGCAGAAGAAGUGGAUUGGCCAUCUUGGAAAGAAGAUUCCCAAAACUCCACCUACCACGUUUUCGAGAGCUUCGCCUCGCUCCAUGUCCACUCGACCCGGACCUAACCAGUCCUUCCGCAAAAACCCUAAAAGCAAUACAGCGAAACUGAGCCGAGCGCAGUCCAGCCUCCAUGCGGCAGACACAACAUCCAGCACUUGUUGACAGAAGAUGCUUCGCUAAACUAACCGUCUCAACCGUGGGAUUUGUUUUUCCCUGGACUAUUCUUACUUUCCCCUCCUUGCUCAACCUCAAACACGGACAAAACGUUGACAGUGAUAUUAGCAAUGGAGUCGCAGUUCUUCAUCACGACAUUUCGACCAGAAAACGGCACCGUCGGCCGGAAAGCAGGAGGUGACGCAUGGAAACAUCUGACUUUUGGGGUUCGAGGGGUCGCCAGAAGUAUGUGUUCAGUUUUAAGGUACUGUCAUCCAGGUGUUGCAGAUGUGCUGUGAGUGCUUGUAUCUCAGGGCCGGAAAACUAGAAGAAAAAAUGCCUGACAAGAUCCUAAAAUGCAAGCCAGCUUACAUUGGAUAAAUAUGACUGAUGCCUUCAUCUACUCAUCUCUGGCCUUUUUUUUUCUUUCUUAUUACUCUCCAAGUCAGUUUAUCAGAUUUGGAAACGAGUUGGGACACGAGUAUUAGAUGUAUUGAGUAAGAUCAUUUAAAUCUAUGCAUUAUUUUAUUAUUCUAAUUAUUUUUAUUGCUCCCAAGCCAUAAGGAAGCUUCCAUUAUAAUGGCGCAUAGGGGUCCUUAAAACGUCAUCACUUUUUUUUCUGUUUAUUUGGUACAUUCUCUUGUGUUAUAUAUAUUUUUUUUCUCGCUUGUGUUGUCUUUUUUUGUAAAGUAUUGCCUUACAUUGAUUCCUAGAGAAAUGGUUCAAAAAGGAAAAACAUUAAGUUAACAAAUGUAAAACUGCACUGUUUGAAUUGUAAAUUAUUUGAAGACUCAACAGGUGUAGCAUUUGGCCCACCUAGUGCCUUAAUAACCUUUGGAUAUUGAUUUUACUGCCAUAUCUUUUUUGUUUUUGUUUUUCUUCCUUCUUCCAAAAACCAGACAAAUCAUAAAGCUUCCAUCUUCUGUUUUUUUUUUUCUUUCAAAUUGCCAUACGUGUGGGUUUAUUGCAAAUGUGUGUUUGCGUUUAUAAAGCAGGGGUGGGGAACCAACACGUAUUCGAUCAGCCCCCCCAAAAUUUAACACAUAAAUGCUUGUAAUAUAUAAUAUUAACAUUUGUUUGAUGGUCGUAAAUUUAAUUAAAACCCUCAGAAAACUUACUGAAAUGGUUUCCCACCUCAGAUAUAAGGUAUAUAUUAGAUCACCUCUUUUUGGAUGUAUUGCAAUGGAGUUAGCAUGUUUGAAAAAAGAAAAAAGCACAAAAAAAAUACCCCGUACUCGACUAGUGACAAAUUUUGGGAUAGUGUACCUAAAUGAGUAUAUGUCGACAAUUAUGUGGCCAAUGUCCCAUUAAUGCAAAUACCCCCUCUGCAAUGUAAAUAAUGAGAGAGACAUAUGGAUUAUGGAAUAACCUCCACGAUCUUUUUCCCCCGUUUGUUUUUAAAGGUUUUUUUUUGUUGUUGAUAAGUUUAAAGAAGAAAAAAAAAAGCACUGGAACUCUGAUAUACUCUGGUCUUGGAUAAAAAAAAAUUGCAUGGUUUAUUUGCAUUGGAGUCCGCACUGAUGGAUAUGUCAAUAAACAUAUCUUUAUCAUUCAAUGAA